CGGAAACGGAAAAUCUUCUCGUCUCUUUGUUGUGUUGUUUUUUUUUGAUUAUCUUUAAGAAAAUUAAAAACAUACGUUAAUUUGGUAUUAGAAAAUUAAUUAUUAGUAAUUGUGUUUAAUUAAGAUGCCUGUUUACUUUCAGCGACUCGAAAAUGCCCUUAAACGGGCUAAUGAGUUUAUCGAUGUUGGUAAAAAGCCACGUGCAUUGGAGAUUCUUUGUGAUGUUUUACGUUCACGUAAACAUCGAGCCUGGAAAAAGGAACAUGAGGAUAUUAUGAUGAAAUAUUUGGAACUUUGUGUUGAACUUCGUAUGAGCUUUGUCGCCAAGGAGGGUAUCUAUCAGUAUAAGAUUAUCUGUCAACAGGCUUACAUUAAAUCGUUUGAAGAUACGGUGAGAAAAUAUUUACAAAUGGCUGAAAGUGAAGCUGAAUCGGCUCGGGAGAAAUCACAUGCCUCUGGUGUUGAUGAUGUUGAUGAUUUGGAUGAUCUACAAACACCGGAAUCUCUUCUUAUGGGAACUGUUAGUUCUGAAGAUAAUCAAGAUAGAACUGAUCGUGUUAUUCUACUUCCAUGGGUAAGAUUUUUAUGGGAAUCUUAUCGACACUGUUUAGACAUAUUGAGAAACAAUCCAAGGACUGAAAGAUUAUAUCAUGAUAUAGCUCAUAAAGCUUUCCAAUUUUGUAUCAAGUAUAAUCGUAAAGCCGAAUUUCGUAAAUUAAGUGAAAAUUUACAUCUUCACCUUGAUCUAUUGAAGAAGCAGCAACAAUUGAUCAACACUAAUCAAGUUACCCAUCAGCAACAAAAUUUUAUCAAUCUUAACAAUCCUGAUAGCCAAGCAAUGCACUUGGAAACACGCCUUGUUCAACUUGAUUCAGCCAUUCAAAUGGAGCUUUGGCAAGAAGCAUAUAGAGCAACAGAUGAUAUUAAGAAAUUUGGAUUGAUGAAUUUAUCCAAGAAACUUCCUAAACCUCAAUUAAUGUCUAAUUAUUAUACUAAAUUGUCCCUUGUCUUCUGGAAAGCCAAUUGUCCUCUUUUCCAUGCCGCUGCUCUUUUUAAACUGUUCACUUUAACUAAAGAACUUCGGAAAAACAUUACACCGGAAGAUGUUCAAAAAAUGGCUUCUCGUGUUGUUUGUGCUACUCUUUCCAUACCAAUUCCUCCAACUCGACCCGAAAUUGAUAAGCUUGUUGACACUGAAGAAAAUGUUAUCGAAAAUCAUCAAAGAAACCUAGCAUCACUUUUAGGUUUAACUUCGGCACCAACUCGAUCUACUCUAAUUAAAGAUCUUAAAAGAAUGGGAGUAUUACAACAUGCGUUUCCAACUCUUCAAAGCCUUUACCAUUGGUUGGAAGUUGAAUUUCAUCCAUUACUUUUAUCUAAAAGAGUUGGUGAAUGUAUUGAUUUCAUCGAAACAUGUGAAAUUAGUGGUGAUCUCAGUCAAUAUACAACUGCCCUUAAGGAUGUUACACUUAUUCGUCUUUUAAAAGAAAUAAGUCAAGUCUAUGAAAGUAUUGAAUACUCUCGUCUAAUUGAAUUGUGUCCUGUUAUUGAUAAAAUUCAUUUGGAACACAUGAUUGUUUCAGCUGCUCGUCGUAAUGAUCUUCAAGUUCGUAUUGAUCAUCGAGGUAGAUGUUUCUAUUUUGGAACCGAGUUAAGAGCUUCCCAUGGUGAGGAGAUAAUUGAAGGUCCUCAUUUACAAAGUAUGCCAAGUGAACAGAUUAGACAGCAACUCGUUACCAUGUAUUCAGUUUUACAAAAAGCAAGAGCCAUGGUGGAACCUGAAAAGAUUAAGGUUCACAAGAAUGACGUUAAGAGGCGAAUGAUGGCCAAUUAUGAAUCAAACAAGAAGGCUGAUCAUAAAGCAAUUUUGGAAAGACAUGAUUACAUUGAAAGGAGAAAGGUUGAAUUAGAGCAAAUUGGAAUGGAAAGAGAGAAAAAGGAGAAAGAAAUCUUGGAAGGUAAACAACGUGAACUACGAUUGGCCGAAGAAGAAAGAUUAGCCAAGGAAGCCGAAGAGAGACAACGGCAAAUGAAACUUAAAGAAGAUCUUGAAUUGAAGAAGCGAAUGGCCCUCGAUCAAUUGGAACGAAUGAAAACAACCGAUCCCAAGCUUCUUGAAGGUUUAAAUGACGAUGAAUUGGGUAAAUUAAAGAUUGAAGACAUUAAAUCUCGACAAAUGAAACAAUUAGAGAAGGAAAGAAUUGACCAGAUAACUCGACAACGAAAUCAUGAAAGGAAAAUUGAUCACUUUGAACGAGCUAAACGUCAAGAAGAAAUUCCUCUUCUAUUGGAAGCCUAUGAAGAAUGGCGUAAACGUGAUGAAGAGGAAUGGAUUGAGAUGGAAAAUGAAAGAAUUGCUGCUUUACAUGCCGAAAGAGAACAAGCAAUUCAACACAAAGAAAGAUUGAAUAGAAUGCGAGCUGAUCGUGAUGAAUAUAUUAAUUUAAUCAAAGAGCGUCGUCAUAAACUUUAUGUUGAACAAUAUGCUGAAUGGAAAAAAGCUUUCGAUGAAGCGAAAGAGAUACGAAUGGUUGAAAGGAAAGUUCAACGUAAAAAGGAUCGUCGAGAAGCCUUUUAUCGAGCACGAAGAGAAGCCGAAGAGAAACGCAAAGCAGAAGAAGAAAGGAAACGUAAAGAAGAAGAGCGUAAAAGAAAGGAAGAAGAAAAUAGAGAAGCGGAGAAGAAAUUCGAAGAAAUGGCUAAAAAGAAGGCCGCCAAAGAGAAAGAAAUUGAAGAAAAAAUGGCUCGAGAAGCGGAAGCAGCUCGAGUUAAAUACGAACCACCGAAAGAAGAGAAAACUAUUGAACGUAAACCACCUCCAUCUAAAGGUGAUGCUAUUGAUAACUGGAGAGGAUCGGCGGCAACUGCUGAUCGAUCUGAAGUGCCCGAACUUCGUCGACCUGAUAGAGGUCUCGAUCGAAUUCCAGAUCGAAUUCCAUAUCGUGAAAGAGCCGACAAAGGAGACCGAGGUGAUAAAGGAGACAGAGAUGACCGAAUUGACCGGGGCGAUAGAGGUGAUAGAGGCGAUAGAGGAGAUCGGGGAGGAGAUCGAGGAGGAGAUCGAGGAGGAGAUCGUGGGGACCGAGGUGACCGAGGAGGUUACGGUGAAUCUCGAGAUAGACCGAAAUAUUUUGGCCGAAGCUCUAAAGACUUUAAUCGCCCUGCUCCUCGAGACAAUGAUGACUCUGGUGGUAGCUGGAGGGACAAACCCACCGAUGAACCUUCAAGCCAAAUUGAUAGACCUUAUCGACCUCGACCUGGUGGAUUCCGUCAUGGUAAUACAGAUAAAGACCAAGAUUAUGAAAAUCGAGAUGGUGGUUAUUCAAACCGAGGAAGGCGAGAUUUCGGACGUGAUAAUAGAGAUCCUGAGAGAAGAUUCGAGAGAAGUGACAGAGGUGAUAGAGACAGAGAUCAAAAAGAAAAGGAUGAUGGUGAUUCUCAAACAAAAUCAUAUAAAACAUCUCGAGAUGUAUGGAGAUCCCAAGGGCCAACCAACCGAGAAGAACCGCAAUCAAUUAGGUCUAAUAUAAAAAGCGAUAAACCACCACCACGGCCCUUACCAAAAAAAUGAUUUUCUUAAUUUGAAAGACACACACAAAAAAAACAGUAAAACAAAAUUACAACAAUUAAGGUUGAGAAGAUGAAAAAAACAAAAUUAAAUCAAGACAAUAGUAUUGGUAUUGACUUUAAAACAUAUUAAAAUUUUUGUAUCAUAUAAAAUUAAUCAAUUGCACUUCACUCUCGUUGUUUAAUUUGUCUUUUCGCGAAUUAAAGAUCGGUAAUUUUAAUCGUAA